AAACAUAACAGAAAAUAAAUGAAAGACACAUUUCAUAUGGCUCACGAUUGUCAAAUAGGAGAAAUAGAUUUCUUUGAGAAACAUUACUGCAAACUCAAUCGAAUUUGUCUAUCACUGAUCGGACUUUGGCCUUACUCCACACCAAAAAGGAGAUUCUUUCGAAUGCUAAUCGUAAACGAUAAUAUUGAUCAUUACAAUAGACAAUUUUCAAUUAUUCAUGGAAGUUAUUUCCAAUUUUUUCUUAUAUUUAACCUGUGUAUUGAUGUAUUACAAUAGCUUAUUCAAUAUGCCAAAGAUAAGUCAACUAUUGGAGUUUAUUAAACAAGAUUGGUCUGAAAAGAAAAAUAUGAAGGAAUUUGAAAUCAUGAAGAAAUACGCAGAGGAUGGUAGAACGUACUCUUUGAUAAUAAUAAUAUUAACUUAUGGGUUGAUCUUUUCGGCGAUGUCUGUACCAGCUGUACCAUAUAUUCUAGAUAUAUAUUUCCCUCUAAAUCAAACACGAUUUCAUACCUUACCAUUCUCGGUAGAAUUGUUCAUGGACACAGACAAACAUUAUUGUCUGGCACUGUUUAUCAUUUUUUUCGCAUCUUCUUUAUCAUGUUUGGUUGUAGUAGGGAAUUAUACAUUAUUUGCAGUACUUGUUUAUCACAUUUGCGGAAUGUUUUGCGUGGUUAGAAAUAUGUUAGAUGAUGUAAUCGAUAUCACAAAGGUAUAUAUACGUGAUCGUAAUACAGAAGACAAGAUCUAUGCAAAAAUAGUUCGUAGUAUAAAAUAUCACAAAAAGACUUUAGAAUUCGACUCCAUCUUUAAUUCCUCCUUCGAACAGAGUCUUUCGAUCCUGAUAGUACUUGGUUCAAUUAUUAUAAUAAUUACAUUUAUACGGCUAUUACAAAAUAUCGAGUUCGAGCAUGAAAAUAUAAGAGAAACCAUUUCUUCGGUAUUAAAUAUUGUCGUCAACUGUGGUAUACUCUCCAUGAAAUGUCAUUUAGGUCAAAAAAUAAUAGAUCACAGCGUUCUUAUAUUCGAUAAAGCGUUUGAUAUACCAUGGUAUAUGCUUUCUAAAAAAUCUCAAAUGUUAUUAUACUUCAUGAUGAUGAGAAGUCUAAAACCUUGUUACUUUUUGCUUGCCAAUUUUUUUAUCUUAUCUAUCAAACUUUCCAUGUCGAUCAUUCAAACGACUUUGUCUUACGCUAUGGUUAUUUAUUCUCUGCAAUAA